UAGUAUGUCUGGCUUGAAUUGUAAUUUUAAGGCAUCACUUGAACUGUUUGGUUUCUGUCAAAUUUCCAAAUUGUGCGUCGCGCCGCUUCGCGUCCUCGUUGAACUCCGGUUCGCCAUGGCGGCCGAUGGCGUCUGUUCGUGCCAGUUCGAGGUGUUUGGCAAGGUGAAGGGCGUCAACUUUCGAAGGCACGUCCUGCGGAAGGCCAGGACUCUGGGCCUGCGAGGCUGGUGCAUGAACUCGCAAGAGAACACAGUGCGAGGCUACAUCGAGGGCCCCUCCGCCGAGAUGGAUGUGAUGAAGGAGUGGCUCAAGACCACGGGCAGUCCGGAGUCUGAAGUCAAGAUGGUCAAGUUUAGCUCGCAUCGCCAGAGCCAACGGUAUGGGUAUACCAACUUUGAGAUUAGACCCGACCCAAUCGUUCAGUCUGAUGGAAUGGAUGGUUCUGCUAGUACUUCAAACUCCAACAUGUAAACAAUUUUGGCAAUAUAAUUGGCAUUUUAACAAAUAAAGUAUGUACUUUUAAAAUUAAAAA